CCAGCUGCGCGGACCCACGCCCGUCCCGCCCGGCUGCCGCCCGCGUCCACCCCGCCGCGAUGGCGACGCGCUCGUGCCGGGAGAAGGCGCAGAAGCUGAACGAGCAGCACCAGCUCAUCCUGUCCAAGCUGCUGAGGGAGGAGGACAACAAGUACUGCGCCGACUGCGAGGCCAAAGGUCCUCGAUGGGCUUCCUGGAAUAUUGGUGUGUUUAUUUGCAUCAGAUGUGCUGGCAUCCAUAGGAAUCUUGGGGUUCAUAUAUCCAGGGUCAAGUCAGUCAACCUAGACCAAUGGACGCCAGAACAGAUCCAGGAAAUCCUGGUGGCUUUUGAGAGGAAGAUAGAAAACUAUUCUGGAAAAUUGCAAGUGGUAGUAGAGUGCAUGCAAGAUAUGGGAAAUACUAAAGCAAGACUACUAUAUGAAGCCAAUCUUCCAGAGAACUUUCGAAGACCACAGACAGAUCAAGCAGUGGAAUUUUUCAUCAGAGAUAAAUAUGAAAAGAAGAAAUACUACGAUAAAAAUGCUAUAGCUAUUACAAAUAUUGCCUCCUCUGAUGCUCCUCUUCAGCCUUUGGUAUCCUCUCCUUCUCUACAAGCUGCUGUUGAGAAAAACAAAUUGGAGAAAGAAAAGGAAAAAAAAAAGGAAGAGAAAAAGAAAGAAAAGGAGCCAGAAAAGCCUACAAAACCACUUACAACUGAAAAGCUGCAGAAGAAAGAAGAUCAGCAGUUGGAACCUAAAAAGAGUGCCAGCCCUCAGAAAGCUGCAGAGCCCACCGUUGACCUUCUGGGACUCGAUGGGCCUGCCGAGGCGCCAGUGACCAAUGGGAGCGCAGUCGCGGGGCCAGCCCUGAACGAUGACCUGGACAUCUUUGGACCGAUGAUCUCUAACCCCUUACCUGCAACUGUCAUGCCCCCAGCUCAGGGGACGUCCUCUGCACCAGCAGCUGCCACUCUGUCUGCAGUGACAUCUGGGGAUCUGGAUCUGUUCACUGAGCAAGCUGCAAAGUCAGAAGAGGUGGCCAAGAAGCAGCUCUCCAAAGACUCCAUCUUGUCUCUGUAUGGUGCCGGGGCCAUCCAGCAGCAGAGUGCUCCUGGUGUGUUUAUGGGACCCACGAAUCUACCGUUUACCUCACAAGCACCGGCUGCGUUUCCAGGCUUCCCGUCCAUGGGCGUGCCUGUGCCCGCGGCGCCCGGCCUGGUGGGCAGCUCGCUGGGGCCGAGCGCGGGCAUGAUGGUGGGCGUGCCGGUGCCCAACGGAUUCAUGGGCAGCGCGCAGACUGCUGUGAUGCCGCUCGCACAGGGCGUGGUCGGGCCCCCAGGGAUGGUCCCGCACAUGGGCGCAGCCCAGGGGAAAUUUGGCCAGCAGCCAGCUCCGCAGAGCCCAUGGAACCUCCCGCAGGUGAACCAGCAGAUGGCUGGCCUGAGCCUGGGUGGCGUGGCGUCGGCAGCAGGCUUUGGGCCACCGCCCAGCACCUCGGCGGGGGCCGCGGGGUGGUCCGGGAGCUCAUCAGGGCAGACGCUCAGCACGCAGCUGUGGAAGUGAGCCCCCACCAGCGUUCCCGCUCAGACGCACCUGCCUCCCCUGUCCGUUCAUGUACAUACCUGUUUUUUCUUUCCCCCCCUUUGUUCAUAUGAAGACCUGAUUGACCGUGUUGGUCUGUGCUGAUUGAAUGUGCUGUGGUGAAAAGCAGGUUGAGAAACCGUCCCUGUCGAGGGCAGCUUUGCUCACAGUUCCCAGGAUUUCGCAGACACAGUCUCUGGGAAGCUGCUCAGUCAACGUGCAUAAUCAGUUUCCCUCUCGAUGAAAUUAUAGCUCUCAUGUUUGCAUAUAAGGGAAGUAGUUAUCAUGU